UUUUGAGGAUCACGAAGGUUAAUGGAGAGGUAUUUCUUUGAAGCUUUUGAGCAGUGAGUCCUAUUUGCAGUCUCGUGGAAACAGCAAGCGAGGGAGCAGAGACAGCAGGAAGAAUGGCCCUUCAAUAUAACAAUAAUUAUUCUAGUCAUUAUAGUCUUGUACAUGUUGGCAAGGGAUUUGCAUAUCGUACCAAGCCGCCGGUAGGCAUAAUAGUAUCGUCGAGGCGUUCGGUGCUGAAUCGAAGAAAAUCAAGUCCAAUUUGGUUUCGUCGGGCAUCAUCGAGAUUUGAGUCCUAUAUAGUCGGGCACAGUCUCAGCAGCAGUCAAAAGGUGAUCUGGAAUAGGGAAAUGGUCCAUAAUCUGAUCACAACUAAUCACCUGCGGCAUGUAGAGUCGAUGGCCACAAUGCCUUCUGGCGCCGGAAACAUUCCCCACUUGAACGCAAUCAUUCUGGGUGAAGCACUCGCUUCUGAAGAGAAUGAUCUCAUCUUUCCCAGCGACGACUUCUCCCGCCAGGCUCAUGUCCCCUCUCCCCAGAAGUAUCUGGAGAUGUAUAAAAGGUCCAUCGAGGACCCCGCCGGAUUUUGGUCGGAUUUCGCUUCCGACUUCUUUUGGAAACAGAGAUGGGGCGAACAAGUCUACUUCGAGAAUCUCGAUGUUAGCAAAGGCGAUAUCAGGAUUGAGUGGUUCAAGGGCGGUCUCACCAAUAUCUGCUACAAUUGCCUUGAUAGAAAUGUUGAAGCUGGACUUGGUGACCGAAUUGCCUUGUACUGGGAAGGCAAUGAGCCCUGUCUUGAUGGCUCUUUAACUUACAAUCAGCUUCUACAAAACGCUUGCCAGCUUGCAAACUACUUGAAAGAUAUUGGAGUGAAAAAGGGCGAUGCUGUUGUGGUUUACUUACCCAUGUUAAUGGAACUUCCAAUCACAAUGCUUGCCUGUGCUCGCAUUGGUGCUGUUCACUCGGUUGUAUUUGCUGGAUUUUCUGUCGAAUCUCUUGCUCAAAGAGUAGUAGAUUGCAAGCCGAAAGUUGUGAUCACUUGCAAUGCUGUUAAAAGGGGUUCUAAGGUUAUCCACCUCAAAGAUAUAGUUGAUGCUGCCCUUGUCGAAUCAGCCAAAAGUGGGGUUUGUGUAGAUGUAUGCUUAACUUAUGAGAAUGAAUCUGCUUUGAAGAGGGGAAGUACUAAAUGGGAAGAAGGAAGAGAUAUAUGGUGGCAGGAUGUCAUACCUAAAUAUCCAACUACUUGUGCAGUGGAGUGGGUUGAUGCAGAGGAUCCACUUUUUCUGCUCUAUACCAGUGGGAGCACUGGGAAGCCCAAGGGAGUUCUGCACACAACUGGAGGAUAUAUGGUGUACACUGCUACAACAUUUAAAUAUGCUUUUGAUUACAAACCAUCCGACAUCUACUGGUGUACAGCUGACUGUGGUUGGAUCACUGGGCACAGCUAUGUCACUUAUGGACCUCUGCUAAAUGGAGCAACUGUUGUCAUAUAUGAAGGGGCACCAAAUUAUCCUGACCCUGGACGCUGUUGGGAUAUUGUUGAUAAAUACAAAGUGACCAUCUUUUAUACUGCCCCCACAUUGGUGCGGUCUCUCAUGCGUGAUGGUGAUGAGUAUGUCAAGCGAUACUCGCGAAAAUCAUUACGGGUCCUUGGAAGUGUAGGCGAGCCUAUUAAUCCAAGUGCAUGGAGGUGGUUUUUCAAUGUGGUUGGAGAUUCAAGAUGUCCCAUUUCUGACACUUGGUGGCAAACUGAAACUGGUGGCUUUAUGAUGACUCCAUUACCUGGUGCCUGGCCACAGAAGCCUGGUUCUGCCACUUUCCCCUUUUUUGGAGUUCAGGCUGUCAUUGUGGAUGAGAAGGGCGUUGAAAUUGAAGGCGAGUGCAGUGGUUAUCUGUGUAUAAAAAGCUCAUGGCCUGGAGCAUUCCGAACUCUUUAUGGUGAUCAUGAAAGAUAUGAAACAACUUACUUUAAACCUUUCUCUGGGUAUUAUUUUAGUGGUGAUGGAUGCAGCAGGGACAAAGAUGGAUAUCACUGGCUUACAGGAAGGGUUGAUGAUGUCAUCAAUGUUAGUGGACAUCGUAUCGGUACCGCAGAAGUUGAAUCUGCUCUUGUAUCGCAUCCUCAGUGUGCAGAAGCUGCUGUGGUUGGUGUAGAGCAUGAGGUUAAGGGACAAGGUAUAUAUGCCUUUGUUACUCUUGUGGACGGAGUACCUUACAGUGAAGAUCUCCGGAAAAGCCUUAUUCUUAUUGUCCGAAAGCAGAUAGGGGCAUUUGCAGCACCGGACAGAAUCCACUGGGCACCUGGCCUUCCAAAGACAAGGAGUGGGAAGAUAAUGAGGAGAAUUCUGAGGAAAAUUGCUUCAAAACAGCUAGAUGAGCUUGGUGACACUAGCACACUUGCAGAUCCAAAUGUGGUCGAUCAACUUAUUGCUCUCGCAGAUACGUGAUGCGAAGGUGCUAGUGGUGCUGACAAGAUGAGCAAUAAAUUUGGUUAAAAGGCCGGGGCAGCAAUAAUUGCAAUUAUUUUGUUCUAGAGAUUAAUUGACUUCCAUGAGUUCUUAUUAAAAACUUGCUAUUGAAGUUAAGAAGUGACAUUAUAGAUGGAACGUAUGACUGUUAAUUUCUUCAUCUGAUGCUUGAUUAUGUUAAUGUUUAUUUUCCGUUGUGUUGUGUUCAAUAUAAUUGAAGGUAUCUCUGUCA